AUGUCUAGCAAUCACGUUGCUGCAUAUAGUACGCCCAUUGCAGGCGACAGAAGGCGGAACCAUAACCGAGCCAUCCUCCGAAACAUGCCUCCAAAGAACACUUCCUACCCAGGAUACUCAAGCGAACACUCCCCCGACAAGCCAGACCAAGACGUCCUGUCCGAUUUUGAAAAAAGUUCGUCUUCCAGUUCGGAGUCUCCACCUAAGGAGAAGAGAGUCACCACUUCCGAAAGCGAAGAUGACGACGUCGUUGCCGUGAACAAAGAUAGUACACCUAGUCCUACUGCAAGCGAUAUCCUGCCACAGUUCGAACUUGCGGAUAUUCAAGAGGCCAACAAUCUGAACAAGAAAUGGAUGGGUAACAUGAGUGAUGCAGAGAGGGCGAAGAAGCUAAAGGAAUUACUGGAAAAACGCAAGACUGAUAAGGCCACGAAGGAGAGGGAGGUUGUGGAAGAAACGAUGAGGAGAGUGGAGGAGGAUGAGGAACAAAGUGAGGGGAAAGUUCAAGACGACGAUAAUCCCAGUCUCCGUCUCUCCUACCACUUCGUUUUUUGCAUUAAUCUGUCACCCAAAAUACGCAUCCAGAACCUGAUCCGCAGAAUACGCCAACUCUUCACAAAUCUUACGAUGGUGGUUCGAGAAGGCCCCGAACAGGCUCAACGGCGAGCGACUGCGAACGGCAUGAGCAAGAAAUGGAAGAUACCGCGCCGAAACAAGCGUUCAAGAGGCCUCGUCAACACACAAAACAGUUGCUAUCGCCACGGCGCCCUACAACCUCUACUUCAUCUUCCUCGAUUCGUCAAUUGGAUCAAGACACACAAUGUUUUGAACCACUGGCGUUGCCUUGCAAACGACCCAAACUGCCAACUGCCAACAGAUCCCUUGACGCUGCGAGCCAUUGAACGUGAGAUUGCAAAAGCCAAGACGAAGAAUUUUCAAGACUACAAAGAGGAUGAGGCAUACAGGGGUUGUGUUCCUUGCCUUUUGAAGAAAUUGAUGACAGCCUAUUGGAACAACACUUUGAUAGGAGGCGCGCCAAAUCUUGUACCACAGCCCCUUCCCCACUAUCAUCCGGCCAUACUGUCGUUGCACCAAUUGAUAGAACGAUGGUUUUGUGUCGACCCUCCGAAUCAUACACAUACUGGAAAUCAAGCCACUAUCGCAGCAAGAAGACGUCACAUGAGGGCUCAGCAAGAUGCGGAUGAGUUCACAGGAUAUAUCUUCGACGGUAUAGCGUCCAGUUAUGAUCGCUUGACUGAACACGGAGCGGCGCGUGGAGCUGAAUUCGACUCGCUAUUCGGCGUUAGAAAGCGGGUGGUCCACACUUGCGAUCAUUGCCACAAUUCCACAAUCGGUAAAAUUGAGAAUGAACCUCGCGGAUUAAGAAUCAUUCCAAGUAACAGUAUCAACAUUGACACGGUCGACAAUGCCAUUGCACGAUCUCUGACCGACACGCGCAAAGGUCGUUGCGAUACUUGUGAUAACCAAGAUUCGGACUUGACCGAGACGAAUUCCAUCGUAGCUGCACCGGAAUAUCUCCGCAUCUACCUCCAGCUUGCCCAAAGCACUAAACGUUACGUCGUGAGUAAAGAUGGUAAAACGGUACCGAUUGCAACCUUGACGAAGAAUCCCAGGCACAUCAUCAUCCCCGACAUCCUCGACUUGACACAACAAAUGGAUUACAUCACAAUAAUUCAGAACCCGGAUACGGUGCGCUACAAGCUUGUGUCUGCUACAUAUCACAGAGAGGCACAGCUCAGUGCGGGUCACUACACGGCUGCUGUUACUGGGCCAGCGCUACCGGGUCAAUGGAUACGACCACAGUUCUUUUGCGAUGGUACACAUAUUACUGAUCUAUCUCCGACUGCUGCUCAUCCCAAUGCCAUUACGGAGAAUCCUAUGCAGGGCGGCUUUGAUGCUGUUACCCUCUACUAUGAGCGGAUCGCGCCGACUGGCCGCACUUCGGGUCGGGCCAACAAAUUGUCAAAAGCAGAUCAGGAAGUUGUAGAGGAGGGGAAGGCCAGAAGGGAAAAUCUCGAUUCCAGGAGAAAAGGGAAGGAAGAGGGGGAAGGGGACGAAAAGAGUGGGGAUGAGAAGAAAGGGAAUGGGAGUAAGAAGAGAAAAAGUGAUGAAAUGGGAGAUGAGCAAGUUAAAGUGAAGAACACGAAGAAGAAAGGAGGGAGAAAGGGCAAGGAGAAGGCAUCUGAUGUGCAAGGACAGGAACAAGGACCGAAGAAAUGGGCAAAGACUCCGAGAUCCGUGGAUCAGAGCUCUUGGGAUGCCCUUCAACAGGCUUACGAUCUAUCAAAGACACCCGGACCUCUGGACCAGAGCAUUUGGACUGCCUUUGGUCAGCUGAACGAUCUGUCAAAGACUCUCAAAUCUCUGGAUGAGAGCUCCUGAGCUACCUUUCAUCAACUUGAUAACCGUAACUGUAUUCCUAGUUAUCUCACUACGUUUUCACAUUUCGCCUUUACUUCCCCCAUGAUUCCAAAAGGAAACGUAAGGACACACAUUCCCGCCAUGCAACCUCUACGCUUCAUCCUCCCUCCUGAUAUCUGACACCGACAGCUCUACAGUGACAUCCUGCACCGGAUCAAAGAUACUACUAAUCUGCUCCAGCGACAGACCCUUGGUCUCGGGCACAUAAAAGAAGAUAAAGUUAAUAACAGCG